AUGACACCAUAUUUGAAAAAUGGGGAGACAUAUAAUCCAAAGCUGCACUAUGAUAAAGAAUGGAUUUAUUUAGUAUUUAAUAAAUUUGCUAUUGAAUGGAAGCAAGGCGCUAAUGCAUUAGCUGAAGAUAAUUUAGAGGCAUGGAUUGUGAGUCAUGUUUGGACCUUUGUUAUUGAUAUGGCAUUAAAAGAUAUUGAAGAAACAAGAAUUGGAAAGUCAGAUGGUAGUUCAUCUGCAUCAAAAAUAAGAAAAGAAAAUCAGAGAAUCUGUCAUUCAAAAAUCGAUCUAUUGCUAAAACUCCGUAAUAGUUCAAAGGAAAUUUUAGCUGGAGAAGUUGCAAGAACAGGAGAUAUUCAUGAUAAAAAAAGUCUGUAUACGUUCGGGAUACAACUUUUCAAAAAUAAAGGUAUUAUUUAUAUGAUGGAUCGCCCUGGAGAAGUUGUCUCGCGAUUGACUAAAAAAAUCAAUUUAGAAGCAUCAAUAUACAUUGAAAAUCUCUGUAAUUUAAUUUUAUCAAUAAUUACAGUUUUAGAAUUAAAGAACACAUUCCGAGAAAUCCUUAAAACAAUAGAAAAAAUAGAAAGUGAUGAAUUAGAAACUCAAGUUUUUAGGAAAAACAUUAUAGGAGUUCGAUUACCAUUUGCAGAAACAACACCAACUCCUAGACUUUCUCUUGAAACAAAUAAGUAA